CUCGCGUUUCUAUUGGUUAUUUGCGGGGUUGUCCCGGAAACCGGGCUUGACCUACCGGAAGCACAUCGUCGCGUCUUUUACUGCAAACGCAGCGCUCUUUCCCCAGUGAGCGAGAGAGAGAGAGAGAGAGAGAGAGAGAACAUCAUGCAGUGUGUGUGGGAUGAACAAGAGGCUUAUGAUGAGCUGCUGUACUGGGACUCACUGAUUCAGGAGGGACACACACUUCACCCACGUGACUACAACAGGUAUGAGGAACUGCGCUACUGGUAUGAGUAUGUGUGUUAUGAAGAUAAGCUGAGACAGUACCAUGCCUGUGUGGCUGAGAUGAAGCAGAGAGAAGCUGAAGUUCCUCCUCCUGAUCCUGAGAAGCUGCUCCCUCAGCGCCUGUUCGUCAUCGAGGAUCGCCACGUUAAGGCCAAACACGCGAGUGUGUAUCCGUGUGCGGAGGAGCUGCAGGCUGUGCAGAACAUGGUGUCCCACGUGGAGAACGGACUGAAGACCGUCGCUACCUGGCUGAAUAGACAAGAAGCUACGAGUGGGGGUAAUAAGCUACAGGGGGUACGCAGAGUGGGUUUGGUGGCGAAGGGUCUGUUGCUGAAGCAGGAUAUGGACCUGGAGCUCGUCGUGCUCUGCAGUGACACACCGACACACAAACUACUGAACACCAUCACCAACAAACUUCAGGAAGUGAUGAAGGGCCAGACGGAGGGCGAGUAUGUCGUCGCUUCGGCGGUUGAGGACGCUGCUGUAACAGUGCGGACUGUAACAGAACCGGUGCUAAACAUGAAGAUUCAUCUCACAUCUCCUGUCGUGAGGGAGCGGGUGGAGCGCGGGCGGGCCAGAGAAGCUCCGCCCGGCGCUCUGGACACAAACAAAUGCCUGGAGUCUCUUGCGUCUCUGCGCCACGCCAAGUGGUUCCAGGCUAAAGUUAACAACCUGCACUCGAGUGUGAUCGUCAUCCGCAUUCUGAGAGAUCUGUGUACCCGCGUCCCUACCUGGGCCCCCCUGAAAGGAUGGGUGUUGGAGUUGUUGUGUGAGAGAGCGAUAUCGACGAGCGAUCGACCGAUGGGACCAGGAGAGGCUCUGAGGAGAGUGCUGGAGUGUGUCGCAUCUGGAAUACUACUGGAGGAUGGUCCCGGUAUUUCUGACCCAUGUGAAAGGGCAGGUGUGGAUGCGAGCUGCCAUCUUACCCUCCAGCAGCGGGAGGACAUUACCCAGAGUGCACAGUUUGCUUUGCGGCUCAUGGCAUUUGGACAGAUCCACAAAGUCUUGGGGAUGAACCGCCUGUCAUCCAAAGUGGGGCACAUGUACAGCGACACACUCCUCUCCCAAACCACAGCGCCAGGACUGAGUGUGAUGAAGCGGCCACUGGAGUCGGCCACAGAUGAAGAAUCAAGCAGCAGUAAAGUCCCUCGCAAAGAGAUUGUCAUCGAGCCCAGUAAUGCUGUGAUGAUGCUGAAUCAGCUGCAUCCAGGUUUGCUGUAUCGGCUCGUGUCCCAAACGGGCCCCGAACACAGUCCACACUUCACCAUGGCCAUCGAAGUGAAGGGCAAAACGUAUGAGGCAACAGGACCCUCGAAACGCAACGCCAAACUGCUUGUCGCCCAAAAAGCCCUACAGGCUCUGGGUGUAGUGGUCACAGCCACAGAGACUACACCUACAACCGAUCAGAAGAGAGGCCAGGAGACCGUUGCCACAGGAACCAACAGAACUGCAGCUGCUGGAGGGGAUGGAGCUGAGGCUACACUACAGGGAGGUCCGAUUCUCACUAAACACGGGAAAAACCCUGUUAUGGAGCUGAAUGAAAAGAGGCGGAGUCUGAAGUAUGAGGUCGUCUCUGUGAGAGGACGAUUUAACGACAAGAUCUUCACCAUUGAGGUGGAGGUGGAUGGACAGAAGUUUCAAGGUUCAGGUUCUAAUAAGAAGUUAGCGAAGGCGAAUGCUGCUCUGGCUGCACUAGAGAAACUUUUCCCCAAUGACAACCCUGAGAGCCAGAAGAAGAAGAAAUUCCCUCCAGUGGGUUACGGUGGAAUGGGUGGAGUCUCAUAUAGUGCUGGGCGUGGCAGAGGAAGAGGAAGGGGCCGAGGAUUUAACACUAAGGGCUCCACUUUUAAAGCAGGGAGCAGUUCCUCUGGGUUCUCAGUCAGUGGUGAGUUGAACACUGAAGGUUCUCAGGAGGAACAGAGCAUCUCAGACACACAUGCACAGGUGUAUCAGGCCGUCCCUCCACCUGCCAGCGGCUACUACAGCCAGCACAGCCACGAGUACGGCCAGUACAGGAAGAACACACAGACCCUGAACCAGAACCCAAACAUGAACCAAAACCUUAACCAAAACUCCGGGCAGAACCAGGAGUCUCUAGUGGGACCUGAUUAUGGAUAUGGCUACCAGAACACCCAGAACUACAACUAUGGGGCAUAUGCUAAUCAGUCCACAUUUGGGACGGGUGGAACUGGAGCAGAGAAUUAUGGGUAUCAGCAGAGCGCCUACCCGAACCUCGGCGGCUACAGCAGCAGCAACACAAACUACAGCUACAAAUAAACACCCUGUCAGCGGGCGGCGCUUCUGUUCACAAGCUGUCAGUGGUCCCCAGGGGGUGGAGCUUCAUCCUGGCAUUACUGCACAGGAGGGCGGAGCUUCUUCUCUUCAUCAUCAUCCUUCAGCCUUGUCUCCCAAGAGCUUCAUCUCCUACCACAUACUUUAUGUCUCCAGAAGGUGGAGCUUCCUCUGCUCCUAUUAUCUCAAUAGUACUGGAGGCAGAACUUCUUCCAGCUUGACUAAUAAAGACUGAUUAAUUUGUAGUUUCGUAGUGGAAACUCGCUGCUCUGUUGAGUAAAUAGUUUUUGUGCACGCUGCUGUUUGGCUUUAGAUUUUCUCCACUGUUGCUUCUUUUUGUGAUUUCGUUCAGUGGUGUUGUUCAGGUGCAUUAGCACGUCCUUGUUGGCGCGUCUACUUUAGUGCGUCUUCAUUAGCGUGUCCUCUGUUAACCUCAGAAGUGGUGUGAGUGACUCAGGCUGACCGUGUGAGAGGAGAGGAAGUGCUCCAGCAUGUUUUUCCUCUGAGGAAUAUUUCUUAUUCUGUCCUUCCCAAGUGAGCGUGAAGUUGAGAAUCCGCCACACUUACUAAUAUGAAUGUCUUUAAUUCUGAUGGUAAAAGUUUUAGUUUUGUUUCUCUUCCUGCUUAUUUCAGUAACUUUCAUCUGAGCUUGUCCCUGACUGUAAGAAUAAAAUGUUUUCUAUUUUUAAACCAAAAAUAUUUUUUGUCUUUUUAACAUUUUCUGCAUGUCACCUGUGGCAGUCACACUGUAAAACCCUGAAGCAUGCUCCCUACUCACUUCUGCCAUUUUGUAGACACUUACACACAUAUACUAUAUCCCACAAUGCACUGUGUGGACUGUAAAGUGAACAGUGCAUGUGGCUUGUGGAUGAAGUUGGGCCGUGAUAUUGUCAAACCGCCCGAUGACAAAAACAGCUGAAAUGUCAUGUUUAUAACACUUUGUAAAAUUUAUAAACCAUGAAUGACAAAUUAAACCUAAAACCCACACUGUGCAGAUUCAGCAUUAAUGGUGGACAGUGUCCUUCUGUGAUCAUCAUGUAGGAUUUAAUGUUAGUUAUAUUAUAAGUUUUGUAACAUUGAUUUUUGACCUUCAGCAGUCACAGACAGAUUAUACACAAACACACAUGUGCCAGAGUAGCAGCAGGAUGGAAAAAAAUGUGUCAGUCACAUGGCUGCUGAUUCACACACAUGCACAUACACAGAUUUUAUAUAAAGCUGGUAUAAGCGGAAGGUGAGGAACCUGUUACUGCAUUACAGCUGAGAGACGAGACGGUCAAGUCCAUACCGCAGGUCUGUGAGAUCCACCUUUAUAACUCAUUCACAUUUGAUUUAUCACACUGUCCUUUCAGAGCUGUGAUGACACUAGUGAUACCUAUUCUUUGUGCUCAAGUGUAUGAUGAUGUCAUUAGGUCCAGGUGGAAAUCUGAGAUAAAA